AUGGGGUUGAUAUUAAUGUCUACGACGUUACUGGUAUCGUCUGUGAUUGUAUAUAACUGGUCGUACAAGUUUCUUUGGUUUAAGCUGGCUCUUUUAUUCAAUGAUGCAACCGUUUCAACCAAAACAUCCAGGUCUUCUAUUAUCUCAAGCAUAAAUGGAUACGAAAACUCAGAAACAGAUACGUUCGUACAGAAAUUUUAUACAGAAUAUUCUUUAUCUUCGAAGAAACUGGUUGGUUUCAUUAGGACAUUAUUCUCAGUUGCCAUGGUCUGUUAUAUUAUAACAAUAGAGAUUGUGUUAUGGCAAAUUAAAUCUGUGGAAGUUGAUCAAGGAGGAGACUUCAUAACUGAAUGGGUAUGGUCCCUUGUAGCAAUGUCUCUAUCUCUUAUACUAAUUCUAGUACAGCCAUUCUUCAUUCUAGUUUCUCUUUUAAACAAAUUUUUUAAUGAUAGAUUUGAUUUAGAUCGUCUAAUAAUAAUAACAAGUACUAUAUUAAUAACAUUAAUUGCAAUAUUAAGAUUAUUGUCAAUUGGACCCUUCCAAUAUAGCCAAAAUAUUCUUACCAGGUUGUCCAUUUCUGGUGUGACAAUUAUGGCGAUAUUGUCAGGAAUUGCUAGUGUUUCUACGAUAUAUUAUACUUUCUUAUAUUUUUGGAUAAAACAUACCAAUAAAAAAAUGCCAUCCACUGUAUCAAAAUUUGCAUCUAAUGGAUUAAGAAGUAAAAAAUUACUUAUAUGGGCAAGAAAAAGUUGGAUUAAAGAACGAUUAAUUAAAUAUGAAGCAUAUAGAAAUUUAUGCAUACAGGAGUUAAACAGAUUAGAAACAGCUGAACUCCCCAAUCAGGAAAUGCAACGUCAAAAAGAUAAUCUUUUGGAGUCAAUAGCUCAAUCUCAACUGCAAACUAAUUUAUUUCAAAGUAUUUUAGACGAAUCUCCAAAGAUUAGAUUGGCCAGGAAAUUUUUCGAAAUUGGGUUUUUGGUCUAUUGUGUCUACAGAGUAACUUUAACCUUUUUUGUAAGGAUACCGAAAAUUAUAUCUCAUUUCAUUGAUCACCCAUUAGACUACCAAUUUGAGCAUUUUUCGGCAUCUUCAGAUCCACUCGCUGUAACAAUUGCCAAUAUCCUCGACUUCUGUCUAUUUAACUUUAAUUAUCAGCAUGAUCUGGAUUCCCUAACUAGUCAAAUCUCACUAUUUCUUUCUGCAUCGUUAUUUAUUUGUGCAUUUUCAACAGUUAGUACAACUGUCUCCUUCUUAGUUUCAUUACUACCUGCUCGUUUUCAAGUUUUGGCAUUUUUUGCUUUACAGAAUGAAGAAAACGCUAAUGACCUGCCUAUUUAUGGUGGAAUCAAACAACGAAAAUAUAAUGAACCUUCUAUGAUAAAAAAUUUGUUGCUAUCUGAACUAGCUGGUGUAUACGUUGUUGCUACAGUGCUAAUGAUUAGAUCCAAUUUGCCAUUUGAUGUUGCUGAGAGAUUAAAGGACAUGUUGGGUCAAAAGUUCACUGUUACUAGUUUUGUUAUUGACUGUUGGUUUGAUGAAAUAUAUGCAAUAUCAUGUAUUCUUACCAUUUUCUUUAUAAAAUUGGCUGAGAGAACUGUAUAUCACCUAAAUAUGACUUAA